AUGGAGUUCAAUUGUUUAAUUGAAAGAGAAUCAUUUUUAUUAAAUGUCAAGGAUAAAAUCAUGACAAUUUGUAAUCAUUCUAUCAAAUACACAUUUGAUCUAUCUUUGAAGGUUCUUAUCACUUGGGUGUUUCGGGAAAAAGAAUUGAAUGGGUUUAUAUUAGAUGACCUCAUUGUGGAAGGAGAUGGUUUAAAUAUGAAAAAACUUAAACUAUUUCUUGGUGGAAAAAUAACAUACACCGGUAUUCAAAUUUUCUAUUGCUUUAAUGGAGAGAUAAACAUCAGCAAAAGUAAAGCAACUAAAGUAACUUAUAUUAAUAUAAUUAAGGUCUGUUCCCUCAUCAAUAGGUAAACUAAGCUAAAAUUCACUUGCAAAUGCUUUAAGAAGAGUGCAUUGGGGAUUGAGAGAAUUCAUAAGGAGAUUGAAAUAUAAAAAAAAGCAUCUAAAAAUGGAUUAGCACCUAAAAUAUACGAAUGCUUUGAAUCAAAAAAUUGUGUAUAUCUUAUAAUGGAAACUUUGGAAUAGUUAUAGGAUCAGGCAUUUAUGGAAGAGGAUAUUAUGUUAUUUCUUUAUGUACUUAUUUUUAUAAUUCUAGAGUCUAAUUUAAAUAAUCUCAGUCCUUCAUUAGGAAAAUAUUGUUCAUAAAAGCAUAAAAAAAUCACACAUUAUGUUUAGUGAAGACAACAAACUAAAGCUAGUUGGAUUUGGAAAAUCUAGCAAUACUAAUAUUCAAAACAAUGAGUUUAGACUGGACAUUUUUAAAGUCGGAAUUAUUAUGCAUAAAUUGUAAGAUAUUUAAAUAACAUAGCUACUAAAAAUAGAAUUUUCAAGAUGAUUAGUUUAUUAUAUCAAAGGAUGGAAAUUCCCUAUUAGAAUCUCUUCUAAAUUGGAAGAGUAACUCGCCUCUUGAGCUAAAAGAACUAUUUUCUCACCCUUACUUUAAAUUGUUAAAAUCCGAAGGAAUUUCAUUAAGUAAAGAAUUUCAAUGUAUUAUUAGAAAUCUAAUGUAUGAACCCUAAAUUUAAAACUCGUAUUUUUUAAGAUGAAGAGCUUGAAUCAUUCGAAUGA